UUUUUCACCGCGCAAAACCCACACAACUGUUUUAGCCAAGCUUGUGGCGUGUUUGGAAAAGGACACUCAACGUAUUGUUGUCUACCGAUGCUGUAAACUCGUAAAGCUGAUUCCAUUGUCAGUGGAAAGAAAACAACGUCGUUCAGCCGGGAAAGAUGGCUAACCGUCAGAAACAAGCUGAUGAAGAGCUGACACAGCCAUUGCUGUCUAGCGACGAAGAUCCUUACGGUAAAAUAACUUCAUUAUUUGUGGUCUUAAUCCUUUGCGUGUUCAGUCACCUUAUUUUUUUUCUUCAACAAGCCACUAUUUAAUCUGAAUAUUCAAAUAGUUUAAGUGUGGUAAAUAAUGUAAUUGUAGGCUUGGCGAGUUGUUUUCUCGUUGCGUUAAUGAUAAACGAGCUGCGCCAAACAAUCAGCCAUCAAUCGUGGGAUCGAACAAGAAUGAAUUCUUUUUCAUCGGGAACUUUUUUAGUUUCAGUUUCGGCCGAUGAAGUUGCGUUUCUUUGUAUAUUUCUGUCGUAUUGACAUCAUACUUAACACAUAUCGCGCUAGAUAUUUUGGAUAAUAUUAAAAACAGUCGAGGGCACUGCAUUACUCCUUUAACAAGAACGUUCUCGCCUUACACGUAUUUUUGUUCAUCUAAUUCCUCACUGUUUGAUCGAAAUGAGCGAUAAAUGGUGUAUAUUUUUCCACAUCGUUUCGGCUUCAGCGAAAAUGUAGAAGAGUAUUGACAGUUCAUACAUGAAGGAAUGUGAACGGUGGGUCUAUUUUUGACUGCCAUGUUUAGAUUUCUGACCAUCACGGAAACAUCGCUACCUUCUGUGCUAAAGGUUAAUAGUAAAGCCUAAUAAGUAAUCAUGAAGCUUUGACACCGGCAUUUGUUCUUUGAUUUUAUAUUUGCGCUGUGAGUUAACUGAGUUUCUUGCUUGACUACGGUUUCGAAACCUUGAGGUCAAAAAGCCCUUUGUGCACAAAAUCAAUUAUGUCCCCUUCAUGCUCCUGGGAAUAUAGUUGUUGCGGAAAGAAACGGAAAGGACCCUAGAAAAAUCUAAAAGAGAAACGUAGAUAACAGUAUCAGUAACAUUUUUCGCAGGACUGUAUUGGCAUGUUUUCACAACUUGGGAAAGGGAAAGAGCUCCGUAAAGAUUUUGCUGUUUCCAACCAUAUUUGGUAGAGAUGAUCCAAUUAUCCAAGGUCUGCCAUAACUGACGAGGCUACCAGCUUUUACGGAAACAGAUGGCUUUGAAUAAUUUUUUGGUUUCUUUUUGAACAUUUUCAUUUUUCUUUACAUUUCUAUAUUCAGUGCUGGUUUAGUCUUCAGUUGUAUUAGGUGGAAUCAUCAUGGCAGUGAGCUCGAGAUACCAGAAGCUUCCUCGUAGAAAAGGUAUUGUUCGGCAACCACGAAAUAAACCUCCAAAUCGCGAUCGACAAGUUCUCUCUAUCUUCUCCUAAAUGUGUUAUCUAUCAACUUUAAUUUGAGACUUUCUUUCGAAGUGAAUCAAACAGAGCAAACAAAUGCAAAAGAUCAUGUAAAGCUCUAUCAUUUGAGCCAAGGUAUUGUGACAAAAAUUUCAUUUAAUUUCUCAACAUAAUACUGAAGGAGAAGAGCGGUUUUUUCCUUUUUUUGUAGAGUUCUUUUUCUUUUGAGUUGCCUUAAAAUGUCAAAUGUCUGAAUGUGAAAAUCACUAAAUGGUUUAACAUAGAAUAGGCACCGAGGAAGUUCAUCCUAGCACGUAAACAAUUCUUGCGAGGGGUCAUUCCAACCCAACAAAAUUAAUAUUAAACUGCUGUUAAUGUUAACUUUUCAGACUGUCCUUUCUCCGUUGAUAUAUUCAUGUUUGCUUUGACUGAAAGAUUACAUGACAGUCAAUCAAAGCCAAUUAGAAUUUGCCCUCCACUAUUACGGAAAUGAUUUUUCUAUUACGAUAAGUUUGAAUUUGGGGAUUUGAAGUGUUUACCGGUUUAAUCUGGAACAUCAAAUCCACACGCAGAAAAGCCGAUUUCAAAAAUAUCACAACGAAAACUCAUAUCAUCAGGAGACGAUAUGAACGUCAUAAUAUUCAACACAAUUGUUCAACGCCAGCUGCUUGAAUGACUAAAUUUCUAUUUCAGAAACAAUCUCGCACAAAAUAACGCUGGCUAUCACUAUCAUAAUUACGACUACCGGCUCGGAUUUGUCUUUCAAGUAACCCAUCCAUUAUUUUAACUCCGUGUUUAGCCUCAAAUCAAACGUAUUGAUUAAGUAUCGGCAGUAACAGUUGACAAAUUAUGGCAUUAAUGUUCUUCAGAAGUAAUAGAAAGAAAUACCCCCAAGUAGGCUGUGUGUACGUCAGAAUAGCCAAUUUAACCCCAAGGCGCCAUGCAAAGUUACAAAUUGCUGAAUGUUAGCAAAAAUUUAUUCCCGAAGUAAAUAGAUUACCCCCUUCAAAAAGAAUAAAAAAGGGAAGCAAAGUGGUGUAAAUAGUGAAUCUUUUGCAAAUGAUUUAUUCAUGGUCAAAGGAUACCAAUGAUAGCACUGCAAGAUUGUAUUUACGUUGCCGAUAUAUAACUCUGAUGACACCGUCAUCACCUAAAAAUUGCCUAAUGACGCGAGCGACACGAGAACCUUGUCAAAAUCUAGUUCUGGAAGAACACAUUCUUUUAAAUGUAAAUAUAAGUCUCAUGGAUGGUUCUUUGGAAUCAGUGAUACAUGGUGAUUGUGUGACGCAUAAAGUUAUUUACACUUGCACUUAUCCCAUGCUGGACUGCUUUCAAGCUAACCCACUCCUCCCUCAUGACUUUUUCAAGAGUCAUCUCUUGCUUUUUUACGACACGUUGCUUUUUUUUUCCAUCCUGUAGAACAUGAUAAAUUAAUUCAACGAUAAUACUCAUCCCUAAAAUUCUCUUUAACAAAUUAUUAUUGGUGAUAUCUUUAGAUGCUUUGCCAGUGUUUAUUGGCUCCACUGGAAGCGAUGAUUUUCGCGGCGGGGCAGAAGUUCGGUUCAUAACCUUGGAAAACAAACCGGUGUUUGACAAAGUGCAAUCACGAAGUGGAAACGUAGCGAAACAGCGCGUUCACGAUGGAGUCAUCCAGAUGGAGGCAAUUUCUCCAGUGGGUCAGAUCCUAAGCAUUAGAACAUGGGUAUUUCGAGAGCCAAACGCCGCGCAACUCCACAAAGACAAAAACGGACCGGUGGAACUUCAAGUUACAUAUGGACAACACAAUAUAGAAAAGGUAUUUUUCUUCGUUAGUUUAUGUAGUACCCAUAGAGAUUUAAGGAAGGUCUUGAAACAAUGUUAAAAAUCGACAUGAACAGAACAAAGGCAAAUCUCACGAUCCACACAAAACCUUUCUCCUUGGUGUAGCAAUUCUUCUCAGUGAACCUGGACUCAGUUUACGAUGGCCCCAUCGCACCAGUGUACGAACUGGCCAAAGUAGAGAUGGACAAGAGGAAUCUUUUUCAACUAAUAGUUGAGCUGUCUUUUCACAAUGGAGCGGCAGAAGAGUCACAGUCCUUUUUAUAGUAAGCCAUUCUUGAUCAGGAGCAGGCCCAGAAAUAAUCCCAGCAAGGCAAAACCUGGGAUGAAAAGGCCGAGAAUCGUUCCAGGUAGCCUGAGAUUUCGUUAAUUAUUUUGUUUCCUCCAAUGUUAGUAAAUAAAAAGUUGUGUGGUAUAUUUUGGUUUACUUAAGAAUUUGAAAAUGUAUGCCAGACAAUAGUCUCAAGUCGUUGGUUGUGAUAACUUUCGAAGCUGUUGUUUGUAUUUAUUUUUGAAUAUUGAAGACUUGACAAGUGUUUGCCAAACUACCCACCCAUUCAUGUGCGUUAAGCAAAGAAACAUGCAAAUGCUCCUCGUAAGCAAGGAAGCUAUACUCAAAACGGCAAAACUUUUGAAGCAGUUGUAAAAUAGCUUCCAAGCAAUUUUGGAUAAAAGAAAUAUUGUGCACUAAGCAAAAUAGGGUUUUACAAUGAGUCUUUUCUAGAGGGAGUGGUUUGAUCAGGGUAUACUUGUAUGAUCAAAAAGGGCAUGAACAAAAACAAACAACAACAGAACAAAACUUGAUUUCAAGAAAGGCAGUUGAGUAAAAGUAGGAAGUGGAAGCUUUAAUAACAGUUCUAUUUCUCUCAAUAUAUCUGUUUUCCCUAAAACAUGAUAAAAUCAAGGAACACCGUCAGCAAGUAUAACUUUUGAUACUUCGUUUUAUGUUUUCACCCAAUUAAAUUUACUUGCAGUACCUAAUAAACGUUAUGACCUAGGCUUCACUCCACUUAUUUUUGGUAUCUUUAUUUAAACAGACAGCACAGGAGAAGAAGAAGAAGGAGAAGGUUAGUGGUCAAACCUCUCUUCAUUAACGGAGAAGUUAGAGAAAGUUAGUUAUAAAAGCUUAAGUUUACAUGAAUGAAUAAUCAUUCUCUGCUCGCGCGGUGAGCCGGCGACUUUUUACGAUGGAUCCGCCAAGUUAAAAAGUGGAAGAAAACUAUGUAUGAGUGAUGAAGACAGGUGGAUAGAAAGAAUUUUAAAUACCUUCAUAUAACUUACUACUCAUCACUGUCUCGCCAAUUAAGUUUAAAAUAGGAGCGGCGCAAGAUAUGUCAUUUUCAUCAAAACAAGGGUGUAAGGUCACUGUACAUAGUUAUUAUAAUUGUCAGCCAAUUUUUUUUUAUAAUAUCCACCAGCUACAAUUGUUUCUCUUUUACAUUUUUAAAUUUGCAGACUCACCUGUUCAUUUCAGUCCAGACAGUUCUGUUAGCAUGACAGGUAAGUAAGUUGUUGUGAAUAAUCCCCUCCCCCAGCCCCGCCCUGUCUCUUCGGACGUGAAGCUUAUGGCCACGAAGCAGGGUUUCCCUUCGCGCAAACGCACAAUCAGUAAAACACUGAUUGUAAAUAAAAGUUUUUAUCAACUCAAGGGCACUCAACAUGGUAACUGAGUAAAUUGAGUUCACUGAGCCAAACAUUUAUUUCAAGAGUUGAAAUCUCCCUGCACCUCAAUCCAUGAAAUUUUUUGAUUCAUUACUACGCUAACCCCUAAGCAAGUUUGCAGUGCUCGUCUGGCUUCAAUUCGAACGUAAAAGAAAAUAGAAACGAAGUAAAGUAUUUUCCGUUGAGUGUCGUAAAACCAAAACCAAAGAAAUCACAACUACCAAGAAGAAUAAAAGUAAAUUCCUUCAAGAGGCAAUGCGAACUCAUAGUACGAACGACCAAACUGCCUAAAGCGCGGUAAAAAGCACGCGACCAAGUCAAGAUUUUGAGUCAAGAUGGUUUUAGUUUUGCGUCUGAUUGGUCGAGAGCGAGGCACAAGUCUUUGGUACCAAUCACAGAGCGAAGUGAAGAAAAUACAAAGCAAUCCCGCAUUACUUUCGACAUUCCAUUGAAAUUGCUCUAAGGCCUUCAGAACCCGUCUCAUCAGCGUCAAGCAGAUAUUGGAUUGCACAAUGUUCCCUUGCUCAUCGAGCCAUCAAGACAUUGUUGUUUGGAAAAUGUUGCUAUAUUUAAUAUCUGAGCAUCUUUUCGUUGCCUUCUUCAGGAGGAUCGGUCGAGUUUCAAAAUCUACGAGUAAUUGACCACUUGGAAGCCAAGCGUGCGCACAUCGAACACCUGUCGUUUGUAGUCUCUAAUGCAGGUGCGAGGAAGGCCGACAUUGGAUAUCACUUUAAACUAAAAGAUCCUGACCUGUGUGAAGACUUUGAAGAAGGAGAUGUGGUCGGCUUCUUUAAAGGUGACGAUGGGAGAGCAUCCAUACAGCUGCUGAACAACAAAAAUGGAAAAGAUGCCGUCAUGGCGGGCGUCGUAAGCCGAUCAGCGUACCUUGAAGCCACACCUUCUAUUAGUGAAGACGGUUUGUUCCUAACUAAUCUUGUUAUUUCCACAUUACAAUCCAGUAAAGUUUAAAGGGCAACAAAAGUGCAUGUAGCAGAAUUUCAUAUUUAUUAAAACAGAUCUGAAUUUUUUAUGCAGGGUUGCAAUCACGUUGGAUGCUAUAGUUGUGAGCUGUGAGUUUUUUUUAACUAGCUAUGUAUAUGACUAGCUUGCCAAAAUUGGUAGGGAAUUUACUGGAGGUAAUGUUCCUUCUUAGAUCCCACUGAUGUUGUUUGCGUUAUCGGAGUCAUCAAAGUGAAGUGUGUGGGUUCUGUCCGGGCGGGAGAACGAAUUUACGCUUCUGUGGACUUGGACAAUCCUGGAACAGCCAUCCCAGAGUCCCAUCUGCCUCCCAGUGUGCUCCUCGGCAAAACAAGUACAUUACUUGGCAUGGCAAUGGAAGAAAAGAAAGCCUCCAAGCUGGAUGAUGUACAUUUGGUUCAGUGCUUUGUGUGCAUAGUGCUGGGAGUGUGUGAUAAAGAAAUUGCAUCGGAAAUAGAAAGCAUGUACCACCACUUUGAGAUGGAUUUGGCUAUUAGACUGCGAAGAGAGAGGAAGAAGACUAGAAGACGUAAGUAAUAUUUUCCUUUUUUUCUGUAGAGACCUCCUUACAUGAAACAGUGUGGCCGAGUGGUUAGGACGCUGGACUUGUAAUCUGGUAGUCCCAGGUUUAAGCCCUUCGCUCUGCUUAUCAAUGGAUUCGUUUUCAGUUGCCCCAAGUUCAACUCCUUGGCUGCACUUGAUGUAUAGCCAAUUGGUUUUCCUCCGACCAAAAGGGGCUUUUAAACAUUUAUUAUUAGUUUAGUAUUAAUGUUUCGAUUUGUUCGUAUUGGCCCUGAAAAGCUUCAUCAGGGAAGUGAUCAUCUGAGGCUUCAAACAUACACAUACAAGCAUAACUAACUGAUUAAACCAUCGAUCGAUUAAUCGCUCGAUCAAUGUCUUGCUUGCUUUUAAUGUUGAUCCUUUGGCUAAUCGACUGAUUUUGUUGAAUCGUCUUCCUAUCUAGCUUUUUAAGCGUGAUUUUAUAUUUCUCUUACUCAGUGAUGUGCGUGAUGGGGUGGGGCUUCGUCAUUCUGCUCAUUUUGGUUGCUGUUUUUAUGUACGAGUACUUGUAUCCGGGAAGUGCAUUACGAUACUGGAUAUGCAAACAGGGAUCCAUUCCAGGUCACAGGGCUUCAUUUAGAUAUAUUCCCUCGUCCCAAAUACAUCAGGUACGUAAGUAAAUGAUCUACGUAUUGAUUAAAGAAGGUAAGUUUAUGAAGAAAGUAUGAUACUGCGUCGAUUAUUGCGGGGUUUUGUCAACUGAGUCGAUAAUGUGGCCAGCGUAAGAAGUUUCUAAAGCGAAAGUUAGCCCUUCGACUCUUCGAUGUGGCGUAAAGCUUAAGUUAAACAUCAGCUUUAGAACUUUUUUACGGUGGCCAAUUUACAUUACAUGCAAGUAACUAUUUCAAUUAAAACAGAAUGGCUCAAAAAAAUAAAAUAUGGAGGUAACUUUUCAUGGUCCGUUCAGUCUAAGAUGAACCUUGUAACAGACUCUGUAAUCUGUAAAGUGGAUGCUCUGAACUGAAAAGGUCUGGGUAUGGUACUGCGGUGGACUAACGAAAUGCUCGGGAUAGCUCACCGUGCUAGUUGUUUUAUACCACGGAAACCACGAUACACUUUGUAAAAUGCGCAAUUAGAUUGGAGUGGUAUGAGUAGUCAAUUAAAACGUGAUCGAGCCAGUCGCAAUCGGUUAAAUAUCGGCAUGACAUUGGUUAAAAGUGGUUUAAGGAAUACUGUAGACCAAUCACAGUAAAUGGUGAAGCAAAACUGAAACAAUUCUGGAUUACAUUCCAAGUAAUAUAUCCAACUGCAAUUGCAGCGUUGUGAUGCCCGUGGUAUUGAAUUCACUUGGGAUGGACUUGAACAAAAAAUGUCGCCGCAUUUGGACGGUAUUCCUCCGCUAAAUUCUACAGGUAAGCCCACCUGUAACAACACCCGUGUAAUGCCUGGCUUGAGUCAACUUAGGAUAAGGAAAAUAGAACAGAUUUGAUAGUUUGGUAAGUAUUAGUCAAGUUAGCUGAGUUUAAAUUCCUUGAAUUGUUUUUUUCUGUGUACAAAAAAAAAAAGUGUCAUGCGGAAAUGGUGAUGGAUCAAACCGCUCACGGCGACGAGGGAGGUAUUUUUUAAACAAUGAAUAUUUCUACGGGGAUGUCUGAAAGUUGCAAGCCUUUGAAUAGAAGGAAUAUGUUUCUAAAGAAACUGUGGUUCUGGGUUUGUUGGGAUAUUACAAAAUAAUUUGGUUUUAUCAACUGAGUUGAUAACAUUGAUUGGCCCUUGCAAAGGUUUACAGCUGAUGUUUCGCUCUGAAGGAAGAUCAUCACUCGAAAUGUUAGCCUUGGAAAUCAUUUGCGGUGGCCAAUUUACAUUAUCAACUCUGUUUAUAAUACCAAAUUGUCUUUUACCAUUAAUUCAAUCUUUUCACAUGAUAAGUACUUCAUUUGAUUUAUGAAUUUGAUUUCAGCGGUACCUGGUGAGCACCAUUACUAUCUAAACUGGGAUCGAUGCGCUCAUGGUGGGGCGAACAAGCUGUCUGCUCAAGUCCAGGGAAUUUCUAACAACAAACAGAUUUGCGGGCCGAUUAUUUUUGCCAUAAAUUUUAACUGCUCCAUUGUUUAUUACUACCAGGAUAAGCCUGACGAUGGCUGGAAGAAUUAUACGUCGGUAGAAAACAAAGAUCUGCGAGAUUAUCUUAAAUGUAUACCUGCAGAGGAAUUUAAAAUAUAAGAGAGACACGAAGUUGAGGUCAUGAUUUGAACGUGUAAGGAGCAAAAUACCUUCAAUUUCACAAAACCACAAAAUGAAUUUCGGGUUAACUAGAGCAGUUUUCAAUUGAGGUUCGAAAAUCCAACACCAAAGUAAUCACAACUACCAAUCAGAACGAAGGUUAACACCAUCAUCAACCAAUAGAACUCAAAGCAACAACAGGCAACCUUCUUAAAGCGCGGGAAAACGCGUGUGACCAAGUUAGGAUUUGUUUUAGCUCUGCAUCUGAUUGGAUGAUUUGUUGCUGCGAGUUUUCUAGAUCAAUCAGCGAAGUAAAGCAAAACCAAAUUAAUCCCGUAUGAUUUUCGACGCUCAGAUGUAAAGGUCUCUAGAACAACACGAACAUGGAAACUAAAGAAGAACGAAAAUAGUUGAGGAUGGAGACGAUUGAUGUGGAUUU